AUGGAUGAGUCGUCGCUGCUGGACCUGCUGGAGUGCUCCGUGUGCCUGGAGCGGUUGGACACCACGGCCAAGGUGCUGCCGUGUCAGCACACCUUCUGUCGCCGCUGUCUGGAGAGCAUCCUGUGCUCGCGCCGCGAGCUGCGCUGCCCGGAGUGCCGCAUCCUGGUAGGCUGCGGCGUGGACGAGCUCCCCGCCAACAUCCUGCUGGUGCGCCUGCUGGAUGGCAUUCGCCAGAGGCCCCGCGCUGGCGCCAGCCCCGGAGGCAGCCCUCCCGCGCGCUCUGGCCCCGGCUUGGGGGCGGCCUCCGAGCUUGCGGGUGGCGGGGGCCGUGUGAUGGGCAGCGCCCCGGGCUCGCCAGUUUUCCCUUUGGAGGCUGGCAGUCCGCACGAACUGACCACCAGCAGAAACGCGCCCCUGGCAAAGAAUCCUUCCCAGCUCCCCUGUGGCAAAGCCCUCUACAGUUACGAGGGGAAGGAACCUGGUGACCUCAAGUUCAACAAGGGGGAUGUCAUCAUCCUGAGGCGUAGGGUGGAUGAGCACUGGUUCCACGGGGAGCUGCGUGGCGCACACGGCUUCCUGCCCGCCAGCUAUGUGCAGUGCCUCAGGCCCCUGCCACCCGUCCCUCCCCAGGGCAAAGCCCUGUAUGACUUUGAGAUGAAGGACCGAGACCAGGACCAUGACUGCCUGACCUUCACCAAGGAUGAAAUCCUGACUGUGAUCAGAAGAGUGGAUGACAACUGGGCAGAGGGAAUGCUGGGAGACAAGAUUGGAAUUUUCCCCCUCCUGUACGUUGAGCUCAACGACUCGGCCAAGCAGCUUAUUGCAAUGGACAAGUUCAGCCCAGCUGUUGUGUCUGACUGCCAUGCCUCGAUACCCUCUGACCCCUGCGCAGUGGCCAGUGUGGCCCCAGGUGCCACUUUAAGCAGCACAGGGGCAGUCAGUACCUUUCAGCAGCGUGUGGACGGCAAGAAGAAUGCUAAGAAACGUCACUCCUUUACCACAGUCAGCCUGACACACAGGUCCUCGCAGGCUGCCAGCCACAGGCAUUCCGUGGAAAUCAGUGCUCCAGUGCUGAUCAGCUCCAGCGACCCCCGGGCCACAGCCAGGAUCCGGGACUUGGUGCAUAUGUCCUGCAGUGCUCCCGCCCAGGACUCCUCUUCCGGAUCCAGCCCAGCGGCUGAACAGCAGGACAUGGCUCCCAAAGGGCAGCUGCCUCUCAAUGUGUACCUGGCGCUCUACACCUACAAGCCCCAGAAGAGUGACGAGCUGGAGCUGCGCAAGGGCGAGAUGUACUACGUCCUGGAGAAGUGUCAGGACGGCUGGUUCAAAGGCACAUCCCUGAGGUCUGGGCUCUCUGGGGUGUUCCCAGGAAACUAUGUGACUCCUGCUUCCAGGGCUCCCUUAGGAGGGGCUGGGCCACCUGGAAAUAAUGUGGUUGGAGGGUCUCCACUGGCCAAAGGGAUGGCCACAAGCAUCCAUCCACGCAGUGGGAGUCUGAGCAGCCCUGCCACUGCCCUGAGAGCAGCCCUCCCCCUCACCACACCCCAGGCCCAGCACCAGGCAGCUUCUCUCCCGGUGGGCAGUUGUCUGUGGCACUCAGCAUCCCCAGCGGCUAGCCAGGCUCAGAGCACUGUCCCCACAGCUGCCCACUCCUCUGCUCAGGCUCAGGACCAACCAACCACCAUGGUGUCGCCCCUGUGCACCCAGAAUUCCCCGUCCCACCUGCCCACUGCCAGCCGCAGGCCCCACUCCACGGUGUCCCUGCAGCACCUCUACCAGCCCCCAGUGCAAACCAUCGGUGGCGCCCAGUGCCCCUGGCCAGCCAUCCCACUCACGUCAGCGGCAUCGGCCGUCACACCUCCCAAUGUCACUGCUGCCAACCUCAACAGGGAGGCUGGAGUGGGGACCGUCAGUGGCCUGUCUACAUCCAGCCCCACCAAUGUGAGAUGCAAACCAGACGAGAAGAAAACUGAAAAGAAAGAGAAGAAGAGUGGGCUGCUGAAACUUCUAGCCGGGGCAUCCACCAAGAAGAAGUCUCGCUCCCCGCCGUCCAUCUCUCCCACCCAUAACCCCCAGGUGGCAGUGGACGCCUCGCUCCAGGGUGCAGUGGGUCUCGAAGUGUCCUCACUGUCCCUCCAUGGCCGCGCAGGAUCCUGCCCCAUAGAGAGCAAGAUUCAGGGGGCCAUGGGGAUGGAGCCACUGCACAGAAAGACGGGCUCCUUGGACCUGAACUUCUCAUCCCCUUCCAGGCAAGCCCCUUUCUCCAUGGCUGCUGUCCACCCUGAGCCCAAGCCAUUGCCCAGAGAGAGGUACCGUGUCGUGGUCUCGUACCCGCCCCAGAGCGAGGCAGAGAUAGAGCUGAAGGAGGGAGACAUUGUCUUUGUGCACAAGAAGCGUGAGGACGGCUGGUACAAGGGGACCCUGCAGAGGAACGGUCGCACGGGCCUCUUCCCGGGCAGCUUCGUCGAGAGCUUCUGA